UUAAAAGUAAAGUGGGUGGUUUCUGGAAGAGUUUGGAAGUUUUUUUUAUAAGAAGAAGAAUUUAUUGACUAAUACAUCCGUGCUCUGCCAAUCUUCUUCGCACAUAGCUAGAUCAGCUUGUGCUGCUUGUAUAAUGCUGACUUCAGCAUAGCAUGAGCUUCAAAUCUUUGAUUGGUUAAUAAAGCAGACACAUCCCCGAGUUCUGACCAAUCAGAUAACGGAAAACUGUAAACAAAUGCCAACGAAGGCCACUUUUAUUAAUUUUAGCGCUACCCACUAAAAUUACCCGGUGUAAGAUCUGUUACGAUAGAUUUCAAAAAUUUUAACUGAAUCGUGCUCAUAAAACGUAAGAGCAAAUUUUUGUCGCGAACUUUCUCUAUAUUCUAAAUACUCUUUAAUGAGAGCAUCCUAAAGAUGUCGAUUGCAUUUCUCCACUAUACACUGCAAACAUUUAUCUUGAAAAACCCUAAGUUGAACGAAAAAGUUCUGGUUCAGCAUUGACAGUCCAGUUAGUCAUUCUCAGAAUGCAGUCGGUAAGGCGUUGUGGAGUAAAGACAUAGAUUUAUAUAAUGUUGCCGAGCUGCUUUUCAAAAUCAGAUUGAGAAUCAAUCUGCUAUCUUGAUAAAUGACGAUACACAUGUGUAUAACGAAGGUUCUGACGAUUGAUGAUGAUGCCAAAAACUUUUCAGGUACAGUAGAAACUAGGCCUGUCCACCGAAGGUCGAAUAAUCUGUAUUCGGUUACCUGUUUCACUAUUCUGUUAGCUGAAGUCCAAAGCAAAUAUUCGGUUACAAGCGAAUAGUGCAAAUAACCUCACUGUUGGAGGUCCACGAUGGUUAUUUGAAUAGCCGUGACUCAUCGAUAAGCGUUGACUAUUCGAAUAACAGUUACUAUUCGAAUAACUGUGACUGAUAGAAUAGCUGUAACUAUUCGAAUAACCGUAACUGAUCGAAUAGCCGUGACUGAUCGAAUAGCAAUUGCCAACCGAAUUAAAUAGCACUGACUGGUCGAAUAGCAAGGAUUGUUCUAAAGGAGAAAGGCAACUUCCUAUCUUCAAUCUUGGAGAGAGUUUCGUGGAUACGGACCUUCUUCAAUAAUCGCAAACCCAAGAGAUAUUUAUAAAGCCAAUGAAGCAAGAUUGUAAGGGGGCAGGGGGAGUGGAGCGUGGGUUGCGGGUGGAGGUCAUGGGGCUUUUCCUCGGGAAAUUUUUGUGUUACAGUGCCUCCGACGAAGGGAAGGCCGGGGGGCUAUGGCCCUACCACUAUCUUGCAGAAUAAUAUAACUUUUCACAAAAUCGUUUGUUGUGACUGUUAAAUUUUCUUUUGCCCCCCCCCCUCAACUUCCCAACCUGUGUUGCAGCCCGUGCUAGAAAGCCUUUCACUCUUAAAAAUGUUAGAAAAGGACCAUUUUUGAAAACGUAUGACUAUGGUUUCUUGUAAAUUUGAUACUGAAUUUCUGGCCAUUAGGGGCAACUAAUGCUAGGGAAGGUUAGAGAAAACAUUUAUUUUUGAAAAAGAAUCGUUUUAAAAAUUGCUUUGCAGCACAAAACAGGAAAUAUCAAUAGGAAAACAAAAAAAAUUAAUGGUUCUUACUUAUCGAAUAGUAAUGACUGAUUAGUUAUAUUCACAGGUUGGUUACAUUACAAGAAAUUUUCAGAUUGCAGUUAGGCGCGCGACCAGAGCGAAUCAAGUGGAAACCGGCCUUUAGACUGGAAUUUGGAAUAGCUGCCUGUUAUUUAAGAACCUAUUCAGGCUGCCACAAAAACCUAGGUUCUUUUUAUUAGCCGGACUAACUUGUCUUAUGCCAGAUUAUUUUUAAAACAUACCUUUGUGCAGCUGAUUUUUUACUGGAAUUCAUGAAAAUGAUGUUCUGCACGAAAAGGUAAAAUUAAGUUUAGGAUUUCUCGGUAUGAGAUUUCGCAAUAAACAUAUCGAAAUUCAUAAGAAUCGAUUAAUAUACCCUUUUUCCACGUUCGAACUUUGGUAAAACGAGGUUUCAACAUAGAAUAGAGGCUCACUAGUACCAAAUUUUUCUGAACUCUUUUCUGAACGUUUUUUGAACUCUAAGCUGUCUAGUUUCCAUACUGCUCGACCUGAUGACGUAAUCAGUUUACCCUAACCCUUAGCCUAGCCCUAAAUCUUUACUUGAAAUAAUUAAUCAUACUAAUUUAUGACUAUUAAUCGUGCUUAUUUAUGACUAUCAGGUCGAGCAGUAUGGAAACUAGACAAUUCCGUUGAACUCAGCAUAUCGAAAAAGAUAAUAAUCAAUUAUUUUGCAAAACUAUUGCUAGACGUUCCAAUUGUGAUGAAAAGUAGGUUUGGACAUGAAAUAAAGGUUAUCUGGUACCGAAUUUCCCCGAAUAUCGGAGUUAGCAUUGUAAAUUCCCUCGAUGGAUGCUCGCCUGGUCUAAUAACAAGGUUGAGACAACACCAUCUCACGAAGGCCCUAUCACGAAAGUGAGACAAUUUUAACUAUAGAUGUCGUUAAAGAGCAGUAGCAGACGGGUUGUCACCCCCUGGUCCACCACAAGGACGUUGCCUGUUGACUGCACCCCAAACCGCAUGCCCUCUUCAACAACCAACAACAACACUGAGUGUGCCAUGAGAUAUUCUCAUGUGGAAAAUUUUAAAGCUAUCUGCUUGACAUGAUAUUUACAAUUUACAAAGUCAAAAUUUACUCUGAAUCAAAAUCCUGUGACAUCAGGAUAUUGAAUGCCUAAUUUAUUCUUAUUGAACAAGCAUCGCGUUAACUUCUAAUUCUUAUUGAAAUUUUGCUUUUAAUGGAAAUAAAGAGAAGGUAAGACAGUUUCUAGCUGAGAUGUUUGUCUUAACGGCCUUAAUGGGCAACUAUUUGUAAAAACAGGGCAUUGACCCAGACUAGACUAUACAAAUUAAAGGCAAUUUUCUAUUCAUUACAUUGUAUUGGUUUUUAGAAAGCUGUAACAUGUUAAAAGUAUCUAUGAAAUAUUAAUGUCCUGAACUCGCUUACAGUAAUCAUUCACAGCUUUCACGUAGUUUUACAUUUUUCCGAAUGUAUUGAAGAGUGAGAAAACUUAUUUGCAAUAUUUUCAUUGCUUUGACACUUUCCCUUUAGUAACUCUCCCGAAUAUUAAAAAAAAUGUUGGUAUCAUUAUUUGUCACAUAUUCUCCAAAUCUUCUGGUGUUUCAGUGAAAAGAUGAGAGCUUUGAAGCACUCGCACUAUAACAGAUGACCCAAAGCCUAGGCUGGUUGCCAAAGCAUUUCUUGCUCUCUUUGUUUUCGACCUAAACGAUUUGUAAAUACCUGCAGUCAUUGGUCAUAUAGCUAGAAGCGCAGAUCGAGAUAUGACAGUGGCAAGGACUUUUCUGGGAUUACGUCCACUCCAUGGCAAUGAAGAGGUGUUACGUAGUGAAUGCUUUUUUGGUUCAGACUUGCAUCAUGCUUGUCAAAAGCCAAUUCUCUACCUUAGGCAACUUCUUUGUGCCUUUGAAAGUCGACGAUGAAGUCAGCCUUGAGGAAGGUGAAACAUUUAUCACGCAAAACUUUUUAAGUUGCAGUGGAACAGAAACUUGUUCUAUUGUCUUCAAAGAGAAGAAUACUGAAAUGAACUACCACUUAACAAAAGAGCGUCGUUCUGUGCUGAAAUACAAAACUGAGGGUGUUUUGUGGCAAAAAGUGAAACAACCAACAGCAGAUUGCAAGGACCUGUAUGACAGUGGCAAAAGAGAUAGUGGCAUCUACCAUAUAGCCAGACCUAAUAAAGAAUUGUUUGAGGUUAACUGUGAUAUGGAAACAGAUGGUGGAGGUUGGACUGUGUUACAACGACGUAUUGAUAAUUCGACCGAUUUCCAACGUGUCUGGUCUGAUUAUAAACAUGGCUUUGGCAGUAUCGACAAGAAUAUGUGGAUUGGCUUAGAGAACAUGCACUUGCUCGCUGGUCCUACUGUUAGCAGCAGUCUUCGUAUAGAAAUAAAGGAUCGCCUGAGUGGAGAAAAAAUAUUUUUCUCAAACUAUGACACCUUCAGUAUCGGCAAUGAGACCGACGGAUACCGACUGCGUGUUUCUGGGUAUUCAGGAACGGCUGGAGAUGCUUUUAAUAUGAGUGUUUCCGAAGAUUUUGCACAGAAUAGACCCAAUUUCCAGAUAUUCAUGGGCAACGAUGGUAUGAAGUUUACGACGAUUGACCGUGACAAUGAGGACAAUUUUUUAACCAACUGUGCAGUUGAAUACAAUGGUGGAUGGUGGUAUAGUAUUUGUCAUAGCUGUCACAUUAAUGGGUUACUUCCACUUUCAAAAACACCAAGCUAUACAUGGAGAAUCGUGGAUUCACGUUACUGUUGUAUCAGUUUUUCUGAAAUGAAAGUCAGACGUAACCAUGUAUAAAACAAAUGUUUCUAGGUUCAAGAUGGUUUGCUGUCGUAAAGGCUCGUGUAUCUGCGGUUAAAGGACUUGCAGGUCUUUUCAUUCAAACCAUCGUUAUUUGAUUACUUCUCUUUUGAAGAUCGUAUCACUAGACAAAAUUGUUUACGUGUUUAUGUAUGUGAUUCAAAUGUAUUCAUUCGCUUUAUGUGGAAAAGUAAGAAAAUGCUAGACUAUCUUACAAAAUAUAGAAAGUUGCUUUCAAAUGAUUAUGGUUGGACUAAUGAAAAGAAUAAUGAAAUAGAAAAUACGGAAGUAGGAUAGAUAUUAAAAUGGCUGUUACAUUGCCCUUUGUUCAUCUGCUGCCAGACUACUCACUAUGGCAAACAUCACGCCAUCUUGUUAGUCAUUGUAGACAAAACUUGGGUAACAACAAGAAAGGGAAAAUCAUAUUAUGUGUCUCUUCAUCCACGAGGGAUCAUAAAACAGAAUUCUUUUAAUGACUUCUGCAUUUGAGUAUUUAAUUUCUGCGUUUGAGAUAAUACUAAAAACUACGCGGAUUUGCCAACGCUCAAUUUUAUGACUGCUGUUAUUAAAAUAUUGUUCAGAAUGGUACUCUAAGGUUUUAAGUAACGAACCGACCUCCAAAAUUAAAGAAAAUUUAAAAAUUUUAUUUACAUUGACAGUUGGAAAUUUGUUUUAGAACCACAUAGUCAAUUAUUAGUCAAGAUGGGAGAAGGUCCCUUCUAUUUUUGACACCAGUGUUUACCUUUAUUUCAUAUAAUUGAAAAAAUUAAAUCGGCAACGUGGCCUUGGCACCCCCUAAGAAACUUUCCUAGCACCGCCCCUGAAGGAAUGGCCCCACACGUAAUCAAUAAAGCCCUUCUCUACCGCUGCGUCUGUUUUAGCUUACUGCACCUUCUUGUUGAUGCAGUAAAUAACCAUGAUCUUUCCUUAUUUAUGUUAAUUUUCCGUUAACUUUCGAUCACUUUUUGCAAUUAUCAAUAUCAAACAUAUUUAUGUCACUCCUUUAAUUUUUCAGCAAGCUCGUCUCGAAUGCUCUUAUCAGUUAUUUUGAAGAAGAUGGUACAGCACUCGUAUAUAUCUUAGUCACUAAAUAAUCAACAUGGCUUACUCAAAUCUCUAUAUCAUUUGAAUUAAAGGUCCAUUACCACACUGGAUUGUCUUUUUGGGAAAGAACUAAUGUUUUUCCUCGUUGCUUUCAAACUGAAUUUUCUUGUUUGACUUCUGGUUUCUGCGACACCAGCCUGAACAUAGAUCUGAGCAGGUCCAAACUGAAAGGCAAAAUAAUAAGUACUUCUAAUUGGUUUAAUUGAGAUCUAAUUGUUCUUGUGUUAAUCUAGAAUCAAAUAGUUACAUCUUAAAGUUACAAAGUCUUCUGACAAGUAAGACACUUUAAACCUGAAAAUGUGCAGGUUAUUUUCCAUUUUCAGCUUUUUUCCCAGGUUAUUUUCCAUUUCCAGUAGUUCUUGCCGGGAAAGUAAUGGGUGGCAA